AUGACUGGAAAUAGCAUCGCUUCGAUUUUGUCAGGGCAACAUAAAAGCAAGGCCAAGAUCAGCAAAACUUCCAGCCAGACUAGCCAGGCUCUGUCUACGCCAAGCUUGAAACGUGAGCCCAAACAGGGCUGGAGAUCGCAUGGAUCGCACUGCUUGACCUAUACACUUGAUACCAAGUUGACCGCACCAGUAAAGGUUGCAGCUUUUGAUCUUGACGAUACGCUCAUCACGACCAAAUCGGGGUCCAAGUUCGGACGCGGUUCUUUUGACUGGAAAUUCAAGUUUGACGUGCCUCGAAUAUUCACCAAGUUGCAAGCUGAAAACUACACGAUAGUGAUAUUCUCGAACCAAGCGGCAGUAGUCAACGCGCCUGACUCCAAGAGCUUAAAGACUCUGACAACAAAAAUGGACGAUAUCUUCAAGCAUUUGGAAAAACCAGUCAUAUACUACGCAAGCACAAGAAAAUCAAGAAAAGAGAAAUCCCAGCACGAUGUGGACUUGUAUACCCUCUUCCGAAAGCCGAACACUGGUAUGUUCAGCCAAUUUUUACAAGACUACCAGCUCACAGAAGAGAUGCUAGACCGAAACAGCAGCUUUUUCGUGGGCGACGCCGCUGGACGGCCAGUGGAUUUCAGUGACUCUGACCUCAAAUUUGCCGAGAAUUUGAAGCUCAAGUUCUUUACUCCAGAAGAAUAUUUCCCAAGCAUGAAGCACGUAACCAACGGGGAUGGUUGA